UCUCUCUCUCUCUCUCUCUCUCUCUCAGACAUUCAUGCUAGUAUUCACUUGUUCAAAACGACGCCUUUGCUCUUCGAGGAAAUGAAGGGAGUCAACUUCCCCUGUGCAUCCCCAGCAUCAGCAGCAAUAUGCACCAGCGUAGGCCGAAGGUCCAUGGUCCGAGGCAGCGCCGGAAGGGCCAUCGACCGCCACACGCCUCACCUGGGAGAUCCGCGGCGAGCAAAGGCUGCUCUCGACUCCGUGUCUCAUGCUCCCACCAGGACAAAAUCCCACUUCCAAACGAGCAGGGAGAGUCCGAGAGAACCAACUGGCCGCAGCAGUCAUCCGGGCUCCUCACGAGGUUUACUGGACGACGACGCAUUUGAUGUGUUCCCCAGCGUGGGGACUGCUGCUCCUGUUACCUCAGCAGACCCGUCCUCGCUUCAGGGUGCCAAGAAAGAUGAAUCCGCCGUCUUCAAGCCACCACCAUCUCCCCCUGCUGCCUCGAAGGAACAGGUCGUGCAUUUGAGGGUCUCUUUGCACUGCAAAUGCUGCGAAAGGAAGGUCAGAAAGCACGUCUCCAAGAUGGAAGGCGUGACAUCAUUCAACAUAGAUUUGGCGACAAAGAAGGUGACGGUGAUGGGAGAAGUGACGCCGCUGGGAGUUCUAAGCAGCGUCUCCAAGGUUAAGAACGCGCAGCUCUGGCGAUCGCCGCCACGCUCGUCAUCUUCCUCUCGGUCAAAACUCGCGUCUCUUGGGCGCCGGUAGAGGUACGGUGUGGGGGUGGCGUGGGGUGGGGGAUGUGUGAAAGAAAUUGAAGGGAAGAUUAUGAUUCUUCUCUUCAUCUUAUCAAUUUCCUAUCUGUUGUUUCCUUGGAAAGUAUGCUGGUCAGUCUAAUUAAUUUAGUCUGUGCACUACAAGACGAGACAAGGCUGCAGUUAAGAUCCUGUUCCUAAAAUGGUGAGCUUAACAAGAUUCCUGUUCCUGCU